AUGGCCGCUGCUCUGUGCCGCGGCGCCUCCCCCCGUCCUGGCCCGGCGCGGCUGCUGCUGCUGCUGCUCGGAGGCCUCCUGUGCGCGGCCCCGGUGCGGGGCGACGCGGACCCGCAGUCGGACCUGGACCCGCACGCGCGGCACAGUUACAACGCCGAGAUGCUGCGCCACGGCGCCCAGAGCGCCCCGCACUUCGUCAUGUUCUUCGCCCCCUGGUGUGGACACUGUCAACGUCUGCAACCAACUUGGAAUGAUCUGGGAGACAAAUACAACAACGUGGAAAAUCCAUCAGUCUAUGUUGUAAAAGUGGAUUGCACUAUAGAUCUUCCACUCUGCUCUGAAUUUGGAAUCAGAGGAUACCCCACCCUAAAGCUGCUUAAACCAGGCCAAGAACCUGUGAAAUACCAGGGUCCUAGAGACUUCCAGGCACUGGAAAGCUGGAUGUUGCAGACACUAAAUGAGGAACCAGCUGAGCAAGAAUCUGAUCUGCAACCACCAAAACUUCCGGAACCUAAACAGGGAAUGCAUGAUCUCUCAGCAGCCAAUUUCAAGAUGCAUAUAGCAGAAGGUAAUCACUUUAUCAAAUUCUUUGCCCCUUGGUGUGGCCACUGCAAAGCUUUGGCUCCAACCUGGGAACAGCUGGCCUCAGUUCUUGAACAUUCUGAAACUGUCAAGAUUGGCAAGGUUGACUGUACACAGCAUUAUGAAGUCUGUUCUGAAAACCAAGUUCGUGGAUAUCCCACCCUCCUCUGGUUUAAGAAUGGUGAAAAGGCUGACCAGUAUAAAGGAAAGAGGGAUUUGGAUUCAUUAAAGGAAUAUGUCGAUUCUCAGCUACAAAAUGCCAAGAAAGCCCCAGAUGCCGAGAAGCCAUCUGAAGUUCCACAGCAGCCUGCAGAACCCACUCAUGGUGAGGCUACAGUCCUGUCUCUCUCUGAAAAAGACUUUGACCAAACCAUUGCUAAAGGGGUUACCUUUAUUAAAUUCUAUGCUCCAUGGUGUGGUCACUGUAAGAACUUGGCUCCAACUUGGGAGAACCUCUCCAAAGAACAAUUCCCAGGUUUGACAGAUGUCAAAAUAGCAAAAGUAGAUUGCACCAUCGAACGUAAUGUCUGCAACAGAUUUUCUGUGAACGGUUAUCCAACACUGUUGCUUUUCCGAGCAGGGGAGAAAGUCAGUGAACACAAUGGAGCCAGAGAUCUUGAAACGCUGCAUAAGUUUGUUUUGCGUCAGGCAAGGGAUGAAUUGUAAAACACACAUGGAUACUUCUGCUCUGACUGUUCUUGUACACUAAUGGGGAGAGUUAAAUCAAGUUAAUGAUAUUGAUUUUCAAAGGGUGGGGUUGGUUUUUUGUUGUUUUUGAAAACUGAAUGUACUGACUUGUGGUAUCUUCCUUGUGUGUGUUUUAAAGCCACACCGUACUGACUUUUUCAUUGUUUGUCAAGGAAAACUGGUAACAAGUAGUUACUGUGCAAAUUGAGUAUUUUCAGCAUCAGUAUUACUACAUUUCUACCUUCCCCUGUGGAGAUAUAAAUGGUUUCCUUUGAGCCUAAAAUAGAUGAGGAAAAUCAAGUUAAGGGACUGGGUAAACUAUUUUUAUCUUCAGGUUGAAUUUGGGUAAAGGCUUGCUACCAAAGUACAGCUUACAAAGUGCUCACCAUUACUAGAAAGGUACAAGCUACAGCUGUACUAAUAAAUGUUGCCUUUUCAACUGAAGCUAAAAACUCUGUCUUAAUAUAGCAGCUGGUCAAAAAAUGGGAGGUUGAAAAAGAAAACACACCCCUUUGGAAGAUACCAGGCUUGUUUCCUGUUAAUAUUUCUCUAGUCAUGGGAGGCUGUAGCCAUAAUGAAAGUAGUGGUACUUUUACUAUGUGCCUGAAUAUUACUGAUGCCAUAGCAGAUGGGGGAUUUUAUAACAGUUCAAACAGGACACUUCUCUUCAAUGCUAGAGGAGAGGAUGUUAUCAUAACAACCACUUAAUUAUUUUCCAAGAGAUGUCUACCUCUCUAACACCUUUAGAAACAACUGGUUGCAAAUAAUUUUCUAUACCAUAUUUCUCUUGCCUCAGUUUACUGCUAGAACCACUCAUCUGACUUAACCAGCAGGAGCAGAUGAACUCAUGGUUUAUUUAAUAAGCAGACUGAUACUUCAAAAGUGUUUCUUGUUCCUUAAAAUGAGAAGCAAAACUCCUCUUCAGUACCACUGCAGUUCAGUUCCUGUUGCUACCUUUGAAUGGGAGGACCAUACACUUUGUUGCCUUGAAUGAUGACCUGAUUGUGUGAGGUGUUCUAAUACAUUAAAGCCAAAGAAUUUACAAUGCAGACACUGUUAGUUUGCUAAUGUAGUUGUAUCUUUUCUUCUAAGGGGCUAAAUUCUGCCCUCAUUCAUGCAUCAAAAUUCAUUGACAUCUCUGGGAAUUACAUAUGUCCGCACUUUGCUCUAAGUCAAGUUGUUGUUUUUGUGUCCAUAUGUAAUACUGAUAUAAAGAGAAUUUUCACUUAUUUCUGACAAGGACCACAGGUUCUGUUCAAACUAAAACUGGGUAAGCAUGGAAAGUGUACAAUGAGGGCUAAAUAUUGUAUGGCAGAUGUAUUAGAAAAAAUGUAUAGACAUCUGCCUUAAAGGAAGCCUUUAUUAAUGUUUUUUAAAACUCUUGUGAAGCACAAUCUCGUGAGUAGCCCAAGCUUUGGCUCAUGAGUUUCUUGUAUAAAAUCAAAGUAGUACAAUUGUUUACACUGAGACUUUCUAAAUAAAAAC